UUAAAAAAAUGUCAACAAACGAGGAGAUAGUUUUAUUGGAGCGGGUUCUCCUGAAGCUGGGAUGUACAGACACGGACGAGCAACUCGAAGCUUCCAUCAACAAGUUCUUGGGACCAGUACUCUUGAAGAUAGAUUCGCCGAAUGAGGAGACCCGGAAAAAGGUGAUGGAAAUUUUAACACAUAUCAAUAAACGGUUGAAGAGCCGUCCUACCGUUAAAGUUCCUUUGGAAACGAUUUUGACGAUGUACAAGCAAUCGAACUCGAGUUUUCUUUUGAAUUUUGCGAUUAUUUACAUAAUCUUGGGAUUCCCGAGAAUUGACCAUGACAAGUCUGUGGAAUUGGUUCCACUUUUGCUGAAUUGCUUAGAAGGAAAACCCGAGAUUCAUCAAGACAAGUUGCUUCAUUUGAUUCUACCACUGCUUGGAGAAUUGAAAAUUCCAGCGGAAAAGGUUCAAGAAACUCUUGGUCUGGCAGACAAACCAAACACGAAGAGGCAAUUUUUAUCUUUGAUGCUGGACAUGCUUUUGCUUCCUUAUGGUGUAACAUCAGAAUCUGAAUUGCCACCCGGUUUCAGUCCCUACUCAUUCAAAAGGGCCAUAAGUGGAAACUUAAAAGCUGAAGAUUUGGAACAAUUAAAAAAGGGAAUAGUAACUUUUCUUUGUAAAGGUGCCUUUUCCGAUUCAGAGGUAUUGCCGUUGUUAAUUGUGGCUAGUGCUGACACGCGAUUUAGCAUUGCGACAACUGCGAUUCAAGAAUUGAGUAAAAUUGGCAAUUCUUUAGAUUGGACAAGUGCUGAGUUAACAGCUCCGCUUUACACGUUGAUAUCGGGAAAUGGAUCUAAAAUUCCUGAUCGGAAGACUACGCCGACAAAUACUCGGGUUCGUCAAAAGAUGAUUCAAUAUUUGCUUAAAUGUCGAGGAGCUGGUUUGAAUACUGCCAAGGGGAUUCAAGUUAUUUUCGAGUCACUCUUUGGAACCAACACAAAUCAGAAGAGCAAGGUUUUGGCUUUACAGUUUACGGAUGUUUUGAUUUUGCACUCGGACAGAGAACUCAUCAAAAAACUGUCUGUUGUUCUUCUAACUGGCUUAUCAAAACUUAUUGGACCCGAGACGCAAGAGCCUACUGACGUUCAAAAUAAUGCCUACAACGCCAUUGCCCGCUUAGCUACAGUUUGUCCCGAUACAAUGAACAAGGACGUAAAUUUAAUUGUGAAAUAUUUCGAGAAUCUUCAUCAUGCUCCGCCAGAAAUGCACAGCUAUAUUCGAGAAGCACUUGUGGCACUGGCUCAAGCUUUUGCAUGGGAGCAAGUCUCGACAACUGAACGCAUGGACGUUGAUACUCCAUCAUCGUCAUCAGCAACGAGCAAUUGUUACUCCUUUACUCCAGACAAAAAUCAAAUUUUGCUGAUUGGAUUGUUGGCUGAAAAGGCAGAAUCGAAAUCUACAAUCGUUCAAAAUAUCGCUAGUGUAUUUUUAACGACUUGCUUUCCGGACUACUAUGUCCCUGCGAGAUAUUUAUUGUUGAUGAUCGCUGGAUCCAGUCCCAUGUUGCAUGAAAUGGUCACGAGCUACCUCUACGGCAACUCGAAAAAGGACAAUAUCAAUUAUGCAUAUGUGACAACUGUGGACAAUCCGACUGCUGCUAAUGAAAAACAAACAAAUUUACUCACUGCAGAGCAAAGAUUCAUAAUUUUGCCUUCGUUCAAGGAAAUGGUGAAGUACGUUCAUGAAAAGGCCGAGAAAAAAUCGACUAUAAGUGAGAAGCAUUCUGGAAAAAUGCACUUGGCAUACACGUACGACAUGUUUACCGAAAUUUUAGAGUAUUUGCGUCUGUGUCUCUGGUUUUCAGCUGGCAUCACGGAAUAUCCGUCAGAGGAAGAGAAAAAUAAACGCAUCGGACAUUACUUGCGCCAAUUGUUCGAUCAAAACGAAACAAAAUAUGUUGAAAUGUACAACGAACUGACAAAAUGCAUGGUGAUUUCACGAAAAGGUCCCGUCGAGCUUGGUUGUAUGUGGGACAUGAUCGGUGCUGCUCCCGAACUAAUUGUGCCAUUCAACAUUGAUUUGUUAGAGCCACUCAAAUUUGGAUUGGGAGAAAUUUCGGAGAACGAAAGAACACUCAUUGCUAAAAUUUAUGGCACAAUUUUGGCAUACGGAAUUUCGGAUGACACAGAAUUCCACAAAUAUGUUGAUGAUUUGUUGCUUUUCCAAUCUAGAUCGUUUGAAAAUCAACAUGGAUCGAUUUUGGGAGUUUCUCAUGCCAUGUUCAGAAAAUUAACGAAAUUGAAAAAGGAGAAUCGUGUCCGUUUUGAAACUAUUUCUAACUGGCCACCAUUUGUUCGGACCAUUGAGACACUUGUUACGUUACUUGUCAGCCCGCAUUAUCUCAUGUUGAAGGCAUCAAUUGAAGGGAUCGGAUUAAUUGGAUCCGUUUUGCCACUUCCGUUGAAAGAAGAGGAGGAAAAUAUUCAGCUGGAAGAUUCUGAAGUUGCUCAAUUAACAAAACAAUACUUGCUGAAGACGCUUUUUAAAAAUCUCCGAUCUGCUCAUUCACGUGGCCAAAUCAGUGAACAAAGUGCUUUGUGUCUUGGAUAUUUGACAAACGGUGAUGAAAAAUACUUUACUAAGAAGGUUUUGCAAGGUUUUUUGGAUUUGAUAAAAUUGACGAAAAAUCCCUCAAUUCAUAUUGCGAUUGCUCAAUCCCUCGUCAUCACGAUGGAAGGGAAAUCUAUUGUCGAUACAACUGAAACUGACGCUGCUAAAUAUCAAACUAGUGACGAAACAUUUGACUGGUUAUUGGAAGAAAUCAUUAAAAUCGUGCCGAACCCUCAUCCGAAUUCGCGUCAGGCCGCGGCAUUUUUCUUGUUGGCACUUGUCAAGAAUUGUUCCGCACGAGCGCCCAUUCAAAAAAGGAGACACAUUUUGCAAGAUGCAUUCAUCGAUCUUUUAUCGGAGGACAACGAGAUGGUACAGGAUUUGGCAUCGCGCGGCUUGGGUCUCAUUUAUUCGAUGUGCGAUUCCGGAACUCAAGAACAACUUUCGAACGUUCUUUUGGAAAAACUUACUGGCAACAAAAAACAAGUAAUGAAAGUCACAGAAGAUACGAAAGUAUUUGAAGAAGGAGUUCUAGGAAAUGCUCCAACAGGUGGUUCAUUGUCAACGUACAAAGAGCUUUGUGCUUUAGCUUCCGAUUUGAACCAACCGGAGAUGAUUUAUCAAUUUAUGCAGCUUGCUAAUCACAACGCUACAUUUAAUAGUAAAUUAGGAGCUGCCUUUGGUAUCAAAUCCAUUUCAAAAGUGGCAAAAAUCAGCAUGCAAGAACAUCUUGGAAAAAUUGUCCCUCGUUUGUUCCGUUACAAAUACGAUCCGACACCUAAAAUCCAAAACUCGAUGAUUAGCAUCUGGGAGUCGGUCGUGGUGGAUUCAAAAGCGACCAUCGAAAAAUAUUAUUGGGAAAUUUUGGAUGAUGUUCUCAAUAAUUUGACGAGCUCUGAUUGGAGAACUCGCAUGUCGUGCUGCUUGGGAGCUCGGGAUUUGAUCAAAAGACCACAAGGGCUCAAGUUGCGAAGUGAUGAUCGAACGCCGAAACCAAGCAAUUCAAUGGACACAGAUAUGAGUGUUCCCGAGCCCGAAUUACUCUUUUUGUGGCAACAAUUGUUCAGAGUGAUGGAUGACUAUCACGAAGGAACGCGGCAAGCAGCUGAGGGUACGGUAAAAUUACUUAGCAAGGUUUGUGUGGUAGCAGCAUCAUCGGGACAUGGUAAGAGUGGAAUGAAUGUGUCGAGUUCAAUUUUGCCGUUUAUCUUGGAAUCGGGAGUAACACACAACGUCGCUGAAAUUCGGCAGCUGUCAAUUAAAACUGUCUCAGAGUUAAUUGAGUCGUCUGGCAGUUUAAUUCAGCCCCAUUUGGAUAUUUUGAUUCCUUGUUUGCUCAAAGCGACGGGCGAACUGGACAGUGUCAAAUUAUCGUAUCUCUCAAACAUGUUCGGAUCUGAUUCGAGAACUCAAGAAGCUGUUGACACGAUCCGGGCAGACAUGGCGAAGCAACAUCACACCAUGGACGCACUCAAUAGAUGCAUCAGAUUUGUCGAUUAUGCGGCAUUGGAGAAAAUGACACCAGCAAUCAUCGAUAUCAUGAAAACUACGGUUCAAUUAGGCACGAAGGUGGCAUGUGCUCAUUUUAUUUGUCUCGUUAGUGUGCAUCUCGGCAACCAAAUGACGCCGUUGUCGGGGAAAUACUUGUCAGCAUGUCUUUCUGGAAUUUCCGAUAGAAACCCAACGGUGAAGAAAUACUAUGCAAGUGCCAUUGGACAUCUCGUGGGAAUUGCAAAAGAUCAAAGUAUUUUGAAACUUUUUGAGAAAUUAACAGACGCCUAUUUCGAUCCCGAGUCAAAUAAGGCAAAAGCUAUUCCUCUGGUUAUUCAUGCAAUUCACAAAAAAUAUCCUGAAUUGCUAAAAGAUUUUUCGGGAGAAAUCAUUCCGCUAAUAUUUGUGGCCAUUCACGAAGAAGUCACAGAGGAAUCUCGUCAAAAUGUCGAAAACUGGAAGGAUGUCUUUCAUGAAGUGAGUGCUGGAGAUGUGGGAAUCAAGUUUAAUCUCGAAAAAAUCUGCAAUCGGCUAGAACAGUGUUUCCAAAGUCAAGUUUUUACAGUGAAAGCGCAGAGUGCGAGAUCCAUUAACACCUUGGCUACACGUCUCAACAAGGAUUUGUCCGAUGACGAUAGACGGAAACUAAUAAAUUUGCUGAUAAACAACAUCACAGGUCGUACUUACAAAGGAAAGGAGAACAUUUUGGAAGCUUUGGCAAGCUUAUCGAAACACUGGAAAACGGACGACUCAAAUUUGCACAUUCGCGUUAUCGAUGCCGUCAUGAAGGAAGCAAGAAAAAAGGAAAAUCCCGUUUAUAAAACGCACGCUCUCAAAGCUAUCGGAAAUAUUUUGGAAGCAUUAGAGGAAGAUCGCUUCGAAGAACUCUAUAACAUGGUGUGGUUCAUCAUGGACAAAACAAAUUUGUCCUUCGAUGGAGACGAUGAUGAUGAUAAUAAUACCACAAUGACGGCAGACGAGAAGAACAAACAAAUGCUAAUUUUGGGAAAUCUAAAAGAAGCUGUUUGCGAAGCUCUUGGCAAGGCAUGGCCACUUAACUCAAUCGAGACACAGCAAAAGUAUCAACUGAUGUUUGCUCAAAAGUGUACAAAUUGCUUGCAAUCGAAUACGCGUCAAGUUCAACUGAGUCUUAUGGCAGCACUUGGGAAAUUCGUGGAAAAACUACAUAUUCUCAAUGUUUCAGAUCAGGUAGAUCCACAAGAGAAGAAGGUGAAAUUGGACGCAAAUGCGAAGGAUUUGGAUGAAAUUAUGAGUACUGUCCUAAAAGCUAUUACAGAUGUGUCAAAUAUUCCUCACUCUGGACUACGAAAAGAGGCUUUAAACAUUAUAUUGUCGUUGUUGAAAAAAUUACAGGCGCUAAAAGACUCUAAAAACCAUUUAAGUUUAGUAAAACAGACAUUUUUGCAAAUUUUACCAAAUUUCCAAAAAGACAAUUCACCCGAGAUAAAAUGUCGUUUGAAGGAAAUUGAGGAAAAAAUUAAAUAAUUUUCUGGUUGAUCUUAUAUUUUAGGUCAACUUGAUUAAAUUCUAACAAAUUAGCAUUGAUAUAAGGCUUUUUCUAUGUUAAGGUUUUAAUAAAUCAUUGUACUAACUUAUUUAAAUUGUUAUUUUUUUACGAAAAAAAAAAAUGAAAAACCAACCGUCGAUGCGGAAAAACGAACUUUAAAUUGUACGAUAGUUGAUAACCGGAAGGAAAUUUGUGCGUUUGUGCAAAAU